AUGGCAAGUUUGCAUCUUGGAGCUGUUUCGUUGAUCAAUGAAUCUUGGGUCGUUUUCGGUUCCUCCUUGAAAUCACGGAUUGGCUUCAGAAGUAAACGGUUUAGACGAGUUGCGGAGAGAUGGAGGAUUCGUGCUCAACAUAUGUCAGUAAAGGAACAGAUGAGCAAACUCGAGCUGAAUCGCUUUGCUAAAAGAAGUGAGUCCUUGAGAUAUAUUCUGAAGCAAUAUGGUGUAUCAGUAGAAAACAUUGAAGAAGAUAAGACAAGUAGUAGACUUGAUGAUCUUAAUUGUGAAGACAAGCUAGUUUCUUCUUCUGUCGUUGAGGACUCUAAGAUGAACACAACUGAAGAAUUACCUGAUUUACGCCGGCAAGAGAAAUACAUUGAGACAGUGAGCACCACAGAGAAUGCUUCAGGACAAAAUCACCACGAUUUGCCCCAUUUUAACACAGGUGCUUUGUUCAAUACUCUGCUUCCUGUUCUUGUGUUCUGCAUCGUAUGCAUCAUUGGGACGCUACACACAAUAAUCUCCAGAAAAACCUCACAAGGUCACCAUCACCAUGGCUCCAAAAGAACAAGGUGGAGAACCGCAUUGAGUGAUUGGAACGAGCCGCUUGCUUCUGAUGAACAUGAUUCGUCACCAGAAUACAAAGUCGGUUCAGCGAAUCAGGAAGCCACGGAUGAAGCAGAUGAAGCAUAUAGCAGAGUUGAGCUUGAGUACAAGAGAUUUCUGUUGGAAUGUGGAGUGAGUGAAUCUUAG